UCUGUGCAUUCUGCUAAGUCACAGAUCAACAGUAAUUUAGUCAGUACCGACUCACAUGAAUAAUAAAUACAUCACCUCCUAGAUAAUUCAUGUGUUACACGUUUUUGAUAUUUAUAGCUCAGCACUAUAUAACUAUAAGUAAGAUGUGAAUUAGCGGUAUUACCAAACAGGCGUUUGUGUAACCGGAUAUGUUAAGUGGUUUUUUUUUGCUGAACGCAUGACAGAGUCGCAGACCAGUCGGUAGACCACAGUGAGUCACUCAUUGGCAUUGAGCAGUGAUGGAGGCUGCUAACUCGACCUUUAAAGGCGAGAAAAAGGCUGCUUUGAUAGCCUCGGAUGAACAAGUGACCCACGAGGAGACGCAUGUGAAGAGACCCACAUGGAGCGGGCAGAUGGAGUUCAUCCUGGCCACGGUGGGCUACGCGGUGGGGCUCGGUAAUGUCUGGAGGUUCCCCUACCUGUGCUACAGCAGCGGCGGAGGGGCAUUUUUGGUCCCCUAUCUCAUCAUGUUGAUUUUGUGUGGCAUCCCUCUGCUUCUCAUGGAGUUUGCCAUCGGACAGUUUACUCAUCUAGGUCCAGUGCACGCUCUAGCCAAAGUCUGUCCACUAUUAAAAGGUGUUGGCCUGGCCACAGUUGUGAUUUCCUACGUCUUUUGCACCUACUACAACGUGCUCAUGAGUUGGGCCCUUUUUUAUUUGGUUAACUCAUUUGGAGCAACACCUCCUUGGAAAACCUGCAACAACAGCUGGAAUGUUUUAGAGACCUGUUCCAGUGGUUUUCGUGACAACACCUCUCAUCUACAGUCAGCCAGCCAACAGUUCUUUGAUCGCAGGCUUCUGGAGAAAACUGAUGGCAUUGAAGAUGUCGGUGGUGUUCAGUGGGAACUCUUCGGCUAUCUCUGUCUUGCCUGGGUCAUUGUGUAUUUAUGCAUUUUUAAAGGAGUCAAAUCAGCUGGCAAGGUGGUGUAUUUCACGGCUGUGUUUCCAUACGUCAUCCUGUUCGCCUUGCUCAUUAACAAUAUGCAGCUCCCAGGUGCCAAGAAUGGUAUUUUGUACUUUGUGACGCCUGUAUGGAGCAAACUUUUCGAAGUGAAGGUGUGGGUUAGAGCAGCUGCCCAAGUGUUUAAUUCCCUUGGAAUUGCUUUUGGCUCCAUGAUUUCGAUGGCGAGUUACAACAAAUUCAACAACAACAUUGUCAGGGAUACUUUGAUUGUUUCAUUUACCAACUCAUUGACGAGCAUCCUGGCUGGAUUCGUGAUCUUCUCAGCUAUUGGCUACAUGGCCCACAUACAUAAACUCCCUGUGGAAAACAUAUCUACAGAUGGCCCUGGUCUUGUGUUUGUCGUGUACCCUGAAGUCCUCUCAACAAUGCCAGCCUUUCAGCUGUGGGCUCCUCUCUUCUUUUUUAUGUUGCUCUGUCUUGGCCUGGACAGCCAGUUUGCCACACUUGAAGUCGCUCUGACGUUCAUAAAAGAUGAAUUUGGCCCCCAAAUGCUGCGCUUUUUCAAGAGAGAAGAGGUGCUGGCCCUGGUUGUGUGCAUCAUCAGCUUUCUUCUUGGGCUUCCACACGUUACUAAGGGCGGUAUAUAUGUGUUUCAGCUUAUGGACCACUACACAGCUGUGGUGUCCCUCAUGUUCCUGGCCUUCUUUGAGGUUAUAGCCGUCUGCUGGUUCUUUGGUGUCCAUCGCAUCUCUCAUAUGAUUGAGAGGAUGCUCGGGAAACCGGUGAACAUCUACUUCCGCAUUUGCUGGUUUCUUCUAUGUCCCUUGUUAGUGCUGUGCAUACUGAUGUUCAGUAUUAUCCACUACACUCCUGUUCAGUAUGGACAGUAUAAGUACCCAUUGUGGGCUGAAUGGGUGGGCUGGUGCGUCUCACUGGUCUCUCUUAUAUGGAUCCCAAUUGGUGCUAUUCAUGAGAUCUGUAGCAACAAAGGCUCUUUUAUCUCAAGACUUAGAACAGCCCUGACUACCACCGUAGAGCUGGAUAUCGAUGACCAACUGCCGGAAAAACAAAACCUCACCAACCCAAUGGUUGAAACAACAAUAGCAUGACCACAACACAACACUCUGAUAUAGUGGAAAAAGGUUUUUUUAAAUGACAGAACAAAAGUUUCACCUCAUUUUAUUGGGGCUGUGUAUAUAGUAGUUAUAAUAGUAAUUGAUAGUGGGAGUGAUGCUGGGUAACUGCAGAUGUGAAUGUGAGUGUAAAUGGUUGUCUGUAUGUGCCUUGUGAUUGACAAGUGACAAGCCCAAGGUGCACCAGCUUUUAGAUGCGCAGUACAAAAUGGAAGAAUGAAUACUAAAUUAUUCAAUAUAAUAAUUCAUUCAAAAUAAUGUUUACACCACACACUUAAACUUAACAAAUCAGGCCAUGGUGUGUGAAAGCACUUGUUUGGAAAGCUAAACAAAAAGUAAGUGCUGGGAAAAUGCAAAUAAUUUGGUAUUUGAUUUCCCUAACAAUUUAGGAACAGGAUCCACGGUACAGUAGUGAAGUGUGAAGUGAAUUACAUUUUAUAUAGCGCUUUUUCUCAAGUGACUCAAAGCGCUUUACAUAGUGAAACCCAAUAUCUAAGUUACAUUUAAAACCAGUGUGGGUGGCACUGGGAGCAGGUGGGUAAAGUGUCUUGCCCAAGGACACAACGGCAGUGACUAGGAUGGCGGAAGCGGGGAUCGAACCUGCAACCCUCAAGUUGCUGGCACGGCCGCUCUACCAACCGAGCUAUACCGUCCCCAGUACACACUUGGUUGGAGCCUUUCAUGCAUACGUGGUGUUUUCACCAAAGCAACACAUCCCACCAGGGUGUUCUUGACAUUGUAAUGCAUUGGGUUACAACUGUACGAAAUGGUUCAUCUUCAGGAAAUGAACUUGAUGUCUGUGUUUGAGAACCCUCGGACCCGUUUCCAGCUGUUAACCACUGACUCGGAGAGGAAAGCUAAAACAGAAGUUAUAAUUUAACUUCCAGAUGGCACCUUACGUGAAAUUGAAGGCGUUCGUAAUGUAACUCUUGAAGCCAAAAAUAUUUUUUGUAGUUGGACGUGUCGCACAAGUCUAAAAUGACAUGCACAGGCUUUCCUGCCUAACAUUUUAAAGACAAAAAGCUGUUUUCCAAAGUGCUUUAAAAGCAGUAAAUCUGAAUAUCUUGACUGAUCAAAAACUGCACAAAAUGUAUGCACUGAUUUAUUCAACGUCAUCUUACAAUAUUUUCAGUUCAAAGUGUGAACAUUUUUCUACAAUUUUGGGACAUAUCAACAUGGUUAUAGCAGGUUGUAUAAAGAUGCAUUGAUCAAUCAAUAAGUGUACUUAAGUUAUGUUUAUUUGACCAGGUGAUGUAACAUUACAGUUUUAGCCAAAAUGAUUCAACCUCUUCUGUUUACUUGCAACUAGGCCUGUCAAUUCAAUACAAAAAAAAAUAUCGCAUUAAUCAUGUGUAAACAAAGAUUAAUCACACAAUUAGUUCUGACAGCACACGCUUCUUUCUUUACCUUAACUGCAAAUGGUUAAUUGGUUAAAAAUAUGGUCUCUGUAUUAUGCAGGCAAGUCAUUUUCGCAAGUGUGUUACUGUCUUAUGAAAAAUAUAUUGUUUGACAGAACUUGCAAUAGUUAUAAUAAAACCGAGAAAACAAAAACAAUUACAAUCAGGGGUCUCAAACUCAAUUUAGCACAGAGUAUUCACUUCAGAAUCUCAUUUUGUGACGAAAUGUAAUUAAACUACAAUUUACUACUUCUACCAGCAGCUACAGUGACCAUGAGCAACGGUAAUAAUUGUAAGUAAAACAUUUUUUUUAUUUUGACACUGCUGAUUUCUCCAGGAGAUGGUCAGAGACACUUACGCUAGCUAACAGGAAGUUGCUCUUUGUGUUGCCCAAUGCGUUUGUUGAGGUCAUUUUUGUAUCUGCACUGUUAUUGUGUUUAUGCUGUUCUUUCUGGUGGAAUUCAAGAUUGCAAGAAUAUAUUUAACUAUGAGCUGCCGAGGGUGCGUCGGCCGCAUUUACAUUACACUAGGAAGUCAAGUGGAGGGCCACAAAAUAUGAGUUUGAGACUCCUGAAAUUUUUUUUUGUUGAAAAAAACAUCUGCCAUCUGUUGUACAUAUUGAAAAUUAUUACAAUGGUGGUUGAAUAUUUUGGAGUGAAACUGUCGAUUUUCCACCCAAGCCUUAGUCUUGAGCUUAUUUUAACUCAAAGAGUGCAUUUAUUUUUGGUAUUGUUGGGGUUUUAACUUUUCAUUUUAAAAAAGGAGUCCAUUUCAUACACUCUUAAUGCACGUCCUGUAACUGGUAUGCACAUUUUAUUUAUUUAUUUUUUUACCAGCAGAGGGUACUACAAUACAUACUAUUUACAUUUAUAAUAGUGGUACUGCUACCUCACCUUUGUACUGUAUUUGCAUUCAUACAACCUGCCUUAUUGCAACAUUUGUAUAAUCAUGUGCACAACAUAUAUGCAUUUUAUAUACACAAUUUCAUUAUAACAUGUUAAUUGAACUGUAUGCAACAUCAGCCUUUUUUUUUUUUUUUUUACAUUUUAAGAUUGUGUUUCUUGUUACCCAUAACUCAAGUUGAUUUAUGCUGUCAUGUUGGUCAAUAAAAAAAUGCUCUUAUGCUAUUUGUAUUUGUGUCACUUGGUGGCAGUAUAGAGGCAGAGUAGAACUCUUAAAGCAAUCUCAAUAUUUUCUGCAAAAUGGAGGUAGCUUACCCUUGAAUGUGUGUUUCUUUGGAGACACAUCUAUCUGGAAUAUUGUUAUAUUGCAGGACACACACACAUUGAAUAGUAUAACUCAAUUUGGGUUUCAGAACAAGAGCGGAGACACAUGCUAUUGAGAAUGUAUUGGUAUGCAUUGAGGCGGUGUGGGUGGAUGAUUUGACGACAUUGGCUGUAUUGUCAGAAUGGAUGACCCAGCUGGGGAGCGAAGGAGAGCAGAGUCGGGACAAACGUGAAUACGCAGCUCAUGAGCUUUGAAAAGUGAAUUAGGUGAAUUGUCAUAGAGGCGAGCGGUGCCCUUCGCACAAUUGCAUGUUAAUCAAUAGUCCCUUCCUGUUUGGCCCAUGGCAGAGCGUAUCAUGGCUCUGAAUUAGAGCAUGGAGCACUGUCAGAUCAAUAGUCAUGGACCGCGCAGGCCAGGGGGCAGUAAAUAAAUGGUUAUGCACGGCAGAGGGGAAGUGAUUGCGGCUCUGAAUGGGCAAUUGAGGGCUUAGCUGUGGUUUUACGCUCCGACAGGCGGGUCGCUGUUCGAAAAACGUCGACACUGAUUUUUCCGACGCCCUUUGUUCAUCUGUUUGCCUGUUUUUUUUUCCAAUCUCGGCGUGCCCUGGGAGAGAGAUAAAGAGGAUCUUAUCACAUUUAAUUUGAGCGAGUGUGUGCGCACAAAGAUGAUUACAGACGUCAAGUCACGGCUUUGGCGCGGGAAAUAAUACUGGCGGUUGACUCAUGUUGAUUCUCACGUGACGACUCUAUCAUGACCAUCUCGCUGCAGCGCUUUGUUCGCUGGGGAAAUGAGUUUGCCGUAGCUUUUGAUCACCCAAAAGCAGUUAGACUUGCGCGUAUGAAGGCCAAACAUCUUCGGCGUUUAACUUUAUUUUGUAGGGUUUUGCAAUAGAUUGUCAUGAUCUCACAUGACUUUAUGAGUUUCUGUAUCAUUUUUGCUCUUAUUUUUGUUUACCGCUUCCUGUUUGCCCACACCACUUCUCUAGUCUGAGCGCUGGCUCCCUCAACUGUCCCUGAUUGGCAAUCAGGACACACCUGUCUCUGGUCUCCAAAUCAGAAUACGAUCAUGUUGCAUAGUUUGCUUCCACGCUGCAUAGAGUUCCCUGUGCUUUUUUCUUUGCUGUGCCUUCACAUGCACGUUGCUUGCUGUCUCUGCAUCCUGGGGUCUCGACCAACAACGCCACAAUGAAACGUAGCAAUAAUUGUCACACACACCAAAAAUACAUUUCUUGAAAGUUUCAUCUACACUAUAUUGCCAAAAGUAUUUGGCCACCCAUCCAAAUGAUGAGAAUCAGAUGUCCUAAUCACUUGGCCCGAUACGAAGGUCCUGAGCAGGGCCGGCCCGUGGCAUAGGCCGUAUAGGCAAAUGCUAAGGGCGCCGUCCAUCAGGGGGCGCCACGCCAGUGCCACAAAUGUUGGAGAAAAAAAAAAAGAAAAAAAAGUUGGUACUAUUAUUUCUAAAUAC